AUGCAACGUGUGAAGACAAUUAUGGAAGAUCAGUAUACCCUACGCUUUUUUGUCAAACCAGUGAACGAAUAUCCACCCAUUGCUGUCAGAAAUGACACUAUCCGGAUACAAGAGGGCGAAGGGCCGACUCCAAUAUACAUCGCCCGUAUGUUUGAUUUCUUUCAAGACCGUGAUUGUCCAAGGGACAGACCUAUAUUUAUCAUCUCAAAGACUACUGAAAAGGCCGAUGCCAGCGAGUAUUUCACUGUUAACACCACAUCAGGAUUCCUGUAUCAAAUAAAGAACUUUGAUUACGAAGACACAGGAAUCCAGUGCGGUUUGGGAAAAACUGGAGGUAUCUUAAAUGUCACUGCAAAGUACGGUUCUUAUACGAUGUCUACAAUCCUGAAUGUAAACUUCACUGACGUGGAUGACACUCCUCCCGUGUUUGUUAGGGAUGACUGCUCCACUACAUGCUACUCAUGUCCAGUUCCGGCUAUUUUUGUCACCAUUGAUUACUUUGAUCAGGGAAUCAUCAAAACUGAACCUAGCCACUUAAAGGCCAUCGAUACAGAUAGUCCUCGUUCAAAAAUUACAUACAAUUUAACAGGUAUACUUAGUGCCUAUUUAUAA